AUGCGGAGGGGCGGUGUUCACUAGAAACAUCACCGGGUGGAUGGAAACCUGGAAUGCACCAACAGUUCUGUGAAUGCACCUAGCCAGCUUGUACAAGACUAGAGAAAAAUGGCAGCCGGUAACUCCUACACCAUAGUGGAAUAUUUUGGUGGGGAAAGCGGAUAUGCUUGUGGCUAUUGUAAAAGUGAAAAGGGAAAUUUUUCACAUGGGAUGUGGGCCCACACCAUGACUGUACAGGACUACCAGGACCUGGUGGACCGAGGCUGGAGAAGAAGUGGGAAGUAUGUUUACAAGCCCAUCAUGAAUGAGACCUGCUGUCCACAGUACACUAUCAGGUGUCAUCCGCUGAACUUCCAGCCCUCAAAAACACACAAGAAGAUCCUGAAGAGGAUGAGCAAGUUCCUCUCCAAAGGGGAAAUGCCCACACAAUGUGAUGGGGAGCCCAUGGACUCUGUCUGUGAGGAGGGCAGACCCAGGGAGGCCCCAAAAGCCAGCUGCUCAGAUGUUCAGGAGCCCAUCAACGCUGUGAGCUCCAAAACAGAGGAGGCCCCCAAACCAGCUCAACCAGACCCACCCCCGCAGGAGCCAAGCACUGCCGGCAGAGAACCGCCUGCCCCGCCCAAGCCAGGAGUGGGUGCGGACCCCAGCAGACCGCCGUGCCGGAAGGCCAGAGACGUGCGUAAGGAGCGGAGGCAGCUGAGGGAGCAGCAGAGGCUGCAGGAGGGCGGGGCCCCGCCGGCCGACUCCGCCCCCGCCGACUCCGCCCCCGCCGGCUCCGCCCCCGCCCCCACCCCGUCCAAAACGCCCAAAACGCCCAAAACGCCCAAAACGCCCAAAACGCUGGAGGACCUGAUCGCAGAGUCCCUCCCUGAAGAUGCCAAACAUCAGCUGGAGGUGAAGCUAGUGCCGGUGAGUUUUGAGGACCCUGGGUUCAUGGCCACCUAUGACCAGACGGUGGCGCUGUACUCGCGCUAUCAGAUGGUCGUCCACGGCGACGCCCCCUCGGAGUGUGGGGAGAGCGAGUUCCGGAGGUUUCUGUGCGACUCCCCGCUUGAGGAGGAGACGGCUCCAGACGGUCCGGUCUGCGGGUACGGCUCCUUCCACCAGCAGUUGCUGGACGGGCGACUGGUGGCUGUGGGCGUGAUCGAUAUCCUGCCCACUUGCGUGUCCUCCGUGUACCUUUACUACCACCCCGACUUCUCCGCGCUGUCGCUGGGCACCUACUCUGCCCUCAGGGAGAUGGCCUUCACGCGGCAGCUGCAGAGCGAGUCUCCCAAACUGAGCUGCUACUACCUGGGCUUCUACAUACACUCCUGCCCCAAGAUGCGCUACAAGGGUCAGUACCGGCCGUCAGAGCUCCUUGUGCCCGGAAGAACAUACGUCUGGGUCCCCAUCGAGCGCUGCGUGCCCCUCCUGGAGAGCUCCCGCUACGCGCGCUUCAACCAGGACCCUGACGCAGCUCAGCUGGUGGACAAGCGUAAGGAGCGCGGGUUCAGCCCGGCUCUUUCUGAUGGCUCACUCUGCCCCGCCCCGUUACCGCUCCGGCCAUGGGGCCGAUGA